CACACACACACACACAGCGGAAAACAAGUGCACUCACUGCAGUUAAACGGCGCAUUCGGUGAGAGGUCGGUAAAGCAGUCGAGCCUGCUCGUCGGCGAACCUCUCCCUCCCUCCCUCGAAUAUCCAUAUCCACGUUUAAGUUUUGUCCUGAAACCCCGCAAGUCGAAGGCUCAGAAGCGUACAGUAGUGCUGGAAGUCAGCUCGGAUAUUGCCGCGAACGCUGAGGGCUGAGAAAUGGCAACGACAACUUGCACGCGCUUCACCGACGAGUACCAGCUGUACGAAGAACUUGGAAAGGGGGCCUUCUCAGUCGUGCGACGCUGUGUCAAGCUGUGCACGGGCCAAGAGCAUGCUGCCAAAAUCAUCAACACCAAAAAGCUCUCGGCAAGAGAUCACCAGAAGCUGGAACGGGAAGCCCGCAUCUGCCGUCUGCUCAAGCAUCCCAAUAUCGUGCGGCUCCAUGACAGUAUAUCAGAGGAAGGCUUCCAUUACCUCUUAUUUGACCUUGUGACGGGUGGAGAGCUGUUUGAAGACAUUGUAGCCAGAGAAUAUUACAGUGAAGCUGACGCCAGUCAUUGUAUCCAUCAGAUUCUAGAGAGUGUCAGUCACAUUCACCAUCAUGACAUUGUGCACAGGGACCUGAAGCCGGAAAACCUGCUCUUGGCCAGUAAAUGCAAGAACGCCGCCGUCAAGUUGGCCGACUUUGGCCUGGCCAUCGAAGUACAAGGGGACCAGCAAGCCUGGUUUGGGUUUGCUGGAACGCCUGGUUACCUUUCCCCAGAAGUGCUAAGAAAGGAGGCUUAUGGGAAACCUGUGGACAUUUGGGCAUGUGGAGUCAUCCUGUAUAUUCUGCUGGUGGGAUAUCCUCCAUUUUGGGAUGAAGACCAGCACAAGCUCUACCAACAGAUCAAAGCCGGGGCUUAUGACUUUCCCUCCCCAGAGUGGGACACGGUUACCCCUGAAGCCAAAAACCUCAUCAAUCAGAUGUUGACCAUCAAUCCAGGCAAGAGAAUCACGGCGCAAGAGGCCCUUAAACACCCGUGGGUCUGUCAACGCUCCACUGUGGCGUCCAUGAUGCACAGACAGGAAACGGUCGAGUGCCUGAAGAAGUUCAACGCAAGAAGGAAACUCAAGGGUGCGAUUCUGACCACCAUGCUGGUGUCGCGCAAUUUCUCAGUGGGCAGGCAGACCACGGCUCCCUCCUCAGUCUCUGCGGCCGCCGCUGCGGCAGGGGCCACCGCCGGUCUGGUGGAACAAGCAGCCAAGAGCCUGCUCAACAAGAAGGCCGAUGUCAAGAAACGGAAAUCCAGCUCCACCGUUCAGUACAUGCCACAGUCAAACAGUGGGAAAAACAGCAUAGUCACCAGUCCCAAAGGAAACGCCCCUUCUCCUGCUCUGGAGCCUCAGACCACUGUUAUCCAUAACCCAGCGGAUGGGAUCAAGGAAUCUUCAGACAGCAGCAACACCACCAUUGAGGAUGAAGACGUCAAAGGGAAAAGCCUAGAUAGCAGUUCAAUUAAAGCCCCCUCUGAAGUCAGCCAAUCACCUCCAGGCUCCGCCCCCGCCAUCUUCUCCACCAAGCUGACCGACAUCCUGGGCUGCGCCCGCAGGGGCUCAGGACCCUCGACCGGGCCUGAUACUGAAGCAGCUGCUCUCUCCACCCAGUCCCCUCCACAGACCCCCGUCCUGCAGACCCGGUUCACAGAUCUGGUGAGCAGUGUGGGCCGUGCACCUGUCCCGCAAGCUCAGGCCGAGUCGACCUCCUCCCAAACCUCUGCCCCCCCUCCCCAGCCCUCCACCCCCCCGACCCCGCCCCCCUCUGUGUCUGUGCACACACGCAAGCAGGAAAUCAUCAAGAUCACGGAGCAGCUGAUAGAAGCCAUCAAUAAUGGGGACUUUGAGGCCUAUGCGAAAAUCUGUGACCCUGGACUGACCUCCUUUGAACCCGAGGCUUUGGGGAACCUAGUUGAGGGGAUGGACUUCCAUAGAUUCUACUUUGAGAACUUGCUUUCCAAGAACAGUAAGCCCAUCCACACCACCAUCCUAAACCCUCAUGUGCACCUGAUCGGAGAAGACGCCGCCUGCAUCGCCUACAUCCGCCUCACCCAGUUUGUGGAUGGCCAGGGCCGACCGCGCAGCAGCCAAUCGGAGGAGACUCGCGUCUGGCACCGUCGGGACUCCAAAUGGCAGAAUGUUCAUUUCCACUGCUCCGGUGCGCCCGCUGCUCCUCUCCAGUGAAGACCAGCCCUGCAGCGAAUACAUUAGAAGCGGAGGUGAAGGACAGGGAGGACUGAUAGGACGAGAGCAGGGGUCCAGCGUCGAAACGCUCCGAAACCUCCAGCUUUCCAACGCUGGACACAGCCGUCCUCCCCCUGCAUGCAAACCAACAGUUAUCUCUCUGCCUGCUGGGCUGCUCUCGAAACACAGCAUCCCGACCACCCCUCACCUCCCACAACACCCAGCACGUCUUUAUGCCAAGACUCACCGCCGACGCAAGAGCAGCACUGCAUAUAUUAAUCAUCGAGAGCCACCACAGACUCCAGGUCCCCGUCUAGAGUUAUAAUAACCCGCACGAUUGCCUUCUUGUCCACAGUCCUUUGCGCUCCACUUUCGUCUUCACUGGCCUUAUGCCCCCUGUGCCCAGGUACUCCCAAAUACAGUAGAUCAUUUUUAAUAAAAUAUUAUUAUUAUCAUUGUAUUCUUGUUAUUGUUGCUACUAUUAUAAUGAUUAUUACUUCCGUCAGGAUUCUAACUAUUGCUGUUGUUCUUGAGAUUGUAUAUUUGAUGGUCAAAUUACUGUUUUGUUUUAAAACAUUUUUGAGUUCAAUCUCUUUUUUAAGCAUGGAUUUUAAGUAUUAGCGAUUGUUUUGGGUUUUUUGGUGUUCGAGUAAUCUGAAGUGUACUUCGGCAGCGCUGUACAUGUUCACGUUCACAGCUCGCUGUUUAAAUUAAAAUAAAACAGCGGCAGCACACACAAGAUUUUAAGAUUCAAAACUCAUAUGUGGCGGCGACCAGAUUUCCCGUGACCGUGAUCAGUGUCUGUGUUAUCAGGGUGCUUCAUGGUUUUUACAAUCAAAUCUCUUGGAGGCAGCUGACAUUAUCACAUCAUUGAGGUUUGCCUCGUAUAUCUGCAGGUUGAGCUGAGCUGUUUGUCUCUAAUCUCUUUUACUGGCCAGCAGCUGAUGUGUCCUCCUUAUUGGCAGUCAGUGCUGAUCUGGUCUUAUUUGAGAAGCUAUUUAAUACGUUUUGUUAAAGUUGUCUGUGAGGUUGUAAGAAUGUGAAUCUUUUUCUGUUUUCCAGUACAAAUACCUAAACAUUCUUAAAUCAAGAUACAUUUACUUGAGAUGCAAAAUGUCCUAAGAUAUUAAAGGGGUCAUGAUAUGGAUUUUUUUAGUUUAAUAUUCUCUCUGAGGUUCGCUUAUAUUGUUAAAGGGAUAGUUCACCCGAAAUGAAAACUCUGUCAUCAUUUACUCACCCUCAAGUUGUUUAAAACCUGAAUGAAUUUAUGUUGAACACAAAAGAACAUAUUUUGUAGAAUAUGGGUAACCAAAAAGCAGUUCAUACAGGUUUGGAACAACUUUAAGAUAAGUCUGAAUCUGAAAUGACCCGUUUUUAAAGGGCGGAUCCU